GAAACGCAAACCAAGCAUUUUCCAACCGACAUACGAAAGCUUGCAAACGCAAAAUAAGGAAGUCGUGGGUAGUUGUGAACUGUAAUAGUUAGGCUAAUAAGCGAGGUAAAACUUUUUUUAAAAAACACUGCUGCUUGUUAUUGUGCAUACUUUUGUCGGCUUUGUUAAGUUAGCUUAUGUUGCUAAACUCCCAGGAAGUGUAACGUUGAUGAUUAUGAUCCUCUCAACCCGCUCCAUAAAGAAUGUCCACAGACGAAGAGGAGCUGGCCAGUCCUGUUCUGCCAAAGGACUCUGAUCCAGGCAGUUCUGUGUCCUCUGACCUACAGGAUGAGUAUGAAGAGCUCCUCCGCUUUGCUGUGGUAACUCCUAAGUUUGAGACACACACCGGUCACUUGAAGCUGCCGAGCACCUCACACAUGUCUGCAGACACUCGGAGUUCCCAGGGAAGAGAUGGCGCAAAAUCACAGCGCCCUGCAGACUCUGUCCGUGAAGCUGAAGACGGGAGGCAUUCUAGCAGGAGUGUGAGAUCACCACGAGCUUCCCCAUUGAUAGUUGAGCCUCGCUCACACUCAAGAGCCUCUCAGGCUGAGGAGACGGCACGCCGGUCACCUAGCAGGUUGUCUGUACUCUCCGAUGGUCCUUCAGACAGGCGUCAUGCGGUGCCGGUGAGGUCCAGACAGAGCAGUCCAGACACCCUGGUUUCGGCUGUGUCAGAGAUGUUCAUUUCAGAGGAGAACAUUGGCAGGAUGGAGAACAUCCUGGAUACGUGGAGCUAUAACCUCAAGUCCAAUGUGCUGAUGGAACUGAGGAAGUGGAAGCUGGCCUUCGUUGAGCAACACAAGUUGGAGAUGAAGAAGGAGAGGGAGAGGCAUGCAGCCCAGACAGCUGGCCUCAAGGCAGAGCUGGACAGCCUGAAGCAGCUGCUGCACACCUAUGAGACCUCCAACCAGAGGAAAGAUGAGGUGAUUGUGAACUUGAGCCAGGUGUUGGACAGACAAAAAGAGAAGGUAGAGAAGAUGAGGGUCCUCACCCAGUGGAGACUUCAACAUGCAGAGGCCAAAGAGGAGGCUCAUGCUGCUCAGGUGGCACAGCAGCACUACAAUUUGCAGCUCAAGAGGAAGGUGUUUUUAGGCUGGCACUCUCUGGUUCAGAGACACUGGAAGGACAGGGUGGAGCGGGCCUGCCGCACCAGGGCCGAGGAGGUCUGCAUGCGCCUGUCUACAGAAUACGAGGCCAAGCUGGCUGAGCACUGUGAGGCUGUUGAGAAGGCCCAGGCUGAGGUCCAGAGGAUGCGAUUAGAACGAGAGCACUAUGAGGAGACGAUGAAGAAGGCCUUCAUGAGGGGUGUGUGUGCUCUGAACAUGGAGGCUCUCACCAUGUUCCACACCGCAGAGGGGCGGCCAGAGCAACCUGCAGUUCAUGAUCAGCAUGAUGAUCCGGUCCCCCGUGAUGAGCCUGGCUCCGGUUCACUGGCUCAGCUUCGCUCACAUCCCGUCUCUUCCACACGGUUCAGCCCAAUCCACUUUGACCCUCCUCCCUCCCACAGCGAAGUAGAGAUGGUGGGCUCCAGUGCCCCAAUGUCCAGGGCAGAGGUAUUCCCUUCCGCUACAGUUGUCCAGAGCUCCCUCCCACUAGGGGGCACUACAAGUGCCCACAAACAGGUCAGUGGGCGUGUGGUCACAGCCAGUCAGCAAAAACCCUCAAAGACAGUAACAGCCCGUAUCACUGCACGGCCCGAUGUUGGUAAGACUGCACGCAGCAACCUCCAGGUGAUGGGUGUGGUUCCACCCAUGAGUUCUGUCAUCGUUGAACGCCACCAUCCAGUUACACAGCUCACCAUUGGUCAGGCCGCAGCAGCUAAGUUUCCUCGCUCAUCUCAUCAGAGCCAGAGCUCCACCGGAGCCAGGACCUCAUCCAAGACACACUCCAACACAUGCCACACGCAUUCCAUCAAAGUUGUUGACUGAUGAUUGGCUCAUUCCUCAUUAGAAACUAUUACACACAUUUUCUAGAUUUGAACCAUCACUGCACUAUGCAAUUGUAUUAUACAUUUUUAUGUCAUAAAAAUGCAUUUGUCUGAUUCCCAUAAUACAGUCAUAUAUCAAGUACAGCCUAUUGAGAAUAUUGGACAGAUAUUAUGGGGAUUUUGUUUAUGUGGCACCAUGUGACACAUCAAGUUUUCAAAUUAAUUUGUCCUUGCACUCUGUAUUUUUGAAGUGGAUGUUUGAUAGUUGUUGUUUUUUUAUUUCUGAAAGACAAUGUUUUUUAAAAUGUACCUUUUAAAGUGCUAAUCUGUGAGAUUCUUGUUUGUCUUUUGGUGACACCUUUGGUGAUAAGCAGUCUUUGUUUUGGUAUUUCAUGCUGCAUUUCUCAGUGAUCAUUUCAUACCGCCAAUUCUUUAAUUCCACUGAAAUGACCAGCACUUACAACCUCAUACAAACAAGCAUGAGCUGUUACACUAAAACUAACACUACAAGUGACAGAUUGCGCAGAGAUUGUAAUAUCCUCUGUAUGUAAAACUGUUUAUAAGCUGUGAUGUUACAUUAUUAUUGCAUAUCUUAGUACCCAGAACCACAAGCAAAUGCUCAAUUGAUAACGUUAAACUGAUCAAAGACAGCAACUGUUUACUGUAAGGUUAGAAUUAGACGUACACUGGUAGAUUGUAACGGUAAGCAGCUCUAUUGCUAAGCUUAUGAAGCUGCACUAAAUGGAUAACUCUGUUAUUAUUUGAAUUAGCUGUGAAACAUUUGCUCAAUAUUUGACUUUUGACCUACCAGCUGUCUUUCAGAAGCUGACUAAGCUGUGCUAAAUAAUCUGCAGCUGAUAGACCAUAGCAAAAUCAGUCCAUAAAACUAAAAAAAAAAAAAAAAAAAAAAAAAAAGCUACAUCUGCAACACUCCUCAGUAUCCUCUCUUGACUUAGAAGGUAGUGAUAAUAUUCACAGUCGCUUCCUAUUUAGUUCAUUUGCUAAUUUGGAUUUGGAUUUUCUGUUGAUGAAGUUAUGAAGUUCAAGUUUCUGUAGGCACUAGUCUUUUCUUUGUCUGUUAAGCCAUGGUGUCUAUCGGUGCUCAUACAAACUACCCAGUUCUUAUAUUUAUUUAAAAAAGAACUGCUGUUGAUGCCUCUGUAAACAUAACUUGCAUCACUUUCUGUGUAGAGGAUUUUUCACAGUGAAGUCCCACUCAUACUGGCUGUUUAGAACAACAAAAUGAACUGGGACUACAUUGAAUCACUAGUCUGUAGUAUCAACUUGCCACGGAGAGUAGCAAAAUAGGUAUUUUUAUGAAAAUGUUGUGGAUUAUUAUUUUAAAUUAUGUAAUUCAAGACAUUACAAUUAUGUGUGAAAUUACGUAUUUUUAUUUAUUACAUUGUUGAUGUUUUCCAUCAAAACAGAAAUGUUCAUCAACUCAGGUUAAGUUUAUAGUACUACACCCCAGCCAUAUGUCAAUGACCUGGCAAAAUUCAGCAUUUUUUAAUAAAUUAUAUUACUGUUCUUUGCAGUUUA